UUCUUGUAAAGUGUCCUUGUGUCUUGAAAGGUGCUAAUAAAUAAAAUGUCUUAAAUGACUACAUGACUAAGAUGAGACCGAAAAUUUUACAUCAUAUAGGAAUAAAAAAAUCACAUGACACUAAAUAAUAUAACCUGUACAUUCGUGGAACUUAUUUGUUACUUUAUGAAAUUUUCUUGCUAUGCUCAAAAUGCUCAAUUUAUAUGUUAACCUUUCGUGGAUACUUCCUACAAGAUUUUAUUUAACUUACUUUCAAGAAUUUACUUGUUUUUUUUUGUUUUGUUUUGACUGUACCACACAUUUUCUAGAAAAUGAGAUUUUUUCUUAGAAAUAUGAGGUACAGGCAAAAACUCACUGGCAGCUUUUCCUAGAACUUUCUUAGAUAUUUUCUUGAUCUUACUGAGUUCCUUUUGUCUCUUAUUGGUAAAUACAAAUAAGAUACAAAAAGAAUUGACAACAAUAACUUGUUUAGUACACAUCUCACAGAUAAUGUCUGAUAUUUUGUUUUUACCUUCAAGGUUUCAUGGCAACUUCUGAAACAUUUGUAAACUCAGGUUACUUACAUCACAUAUUUAAAACUCUGAUUAUUUUAACUUCAACAAAUUACAAGAUGUCAUCCUGAGAUCCAUAAGGUGCUUUCUUUAAAAUGCUCAGGACCUACGGGUUACUUUGCUGAAUUUACAGGGUUCUUUAUGAGAACUUAAGCUUCUCUCCUUUACUUUUCUCAUCUUUCCAUGAACCUACUGGGUCUUUUCAAAGAAUGAAACUAUUACUUUUCUCUCCUCAAACUGACUAGUUUUGAUUACUUCAAAAAUGUGUCUCUUUUAAAUAAAGUGCAAAAAUACAAACAAAGUUGGUUUCUUUAGCAAAUCUGAUGCGAUGUCAAAAAAAGCUCACUUUUGUCACUGUGUUUUAUGUGAAUCAGUCUGAGUUAAUUUCUGGCUGUUAGAUAUUUAAAUAGAUCUGACAGAAUAAAAAAAUAAACAAAACAAAUGCCAUAUUUAAUUUUUUAUCACUUUAAAUCUGUGAUUCCAAAAAACAGAUUUGACUUUGAGUUUUAAGGCACACAGCCGGUUAACAGAGAGACGAGGAGAGUAAGACGAUGGUGGUCAGGGUGUCCUGUACCAGCUCCCUCCUAAGUCUCUCUGCUCUGUCAACGUGGGUGUUUUUAUUAUUAUUUUGUUACAUUGCCCUCACUUUGCUGUCAUGCUUCAGCUGAUGCUCUGGCUCAUUAGUAAAACAGCCGUAUUGCUGAACUCGACUCUGCUGCGCUACAUGAGGAAUUUGUUUUGGAAAUUUCUCACUGCUCAGACUUAAUUUUCUCUCACGGUAAAGUGAUCAGAGCGGUUAAGUGCAAUUUGCGUUCAGGCUAACAGACUGCAUGCAACUGUAAUUCACAAAUGUUUUAACUUAUCCCAGCAGGAAGCACACUGAUUUUGUUUUAGUUUGCCACACCUAAAUCUGCAUGAUGAUUCUGCUGCCACAGAGGCGCGUCGUGCUUCCUUAUGUAAGGAUGGAGAGUUUUUUUCCCCUCAAACUCAGUGAGAAGUCUGAAAAUGUCAGGCUUUAUUACCAAGCUGACCCAGGCCUCCUCAUCUAACCCCGUUAUUCUUCGUUCAGUCCUUCUCGUGUCUUGGCUUUUAAAAGCUCCUUUAUGUUACUCCGCAGCCCAUCUCACUGUCGACUGCUCUUCAUCACCCACUGUCUUCUGCAGUCUGAAACAUUCAGCGUGCAGGUCACUCCAGGAUGCCGUCAAACUAGUCUGAUUAUUUUCAUAUUUCCAACCAAUUAAAGUAAAAAAAAAAAAAGAAGACUGAACCUUCCGGUUGUGACAUUUUGUAGUACAGGUUUUGUGUCGUUUUAAGAAUGUCAUGCAUCUCAUAACCUGUAGAGCCCAUUGAUGGUUUUUUGUUAUUUGUGAGAAUACCUAGAGCACAAUAAACCAGGGGCUACCAUUAGCAUUUAAUAUAAAAGAAUAAAUCUGAUCCAUAUUUAAUUUGGUGUAAUCUUCCUCUUACUGCUUUUAUUUGCACCUCUAAACACAGUUCUGAGACUGCGGUCGUUUCACACUAUCAUCGUUUAUGUGUGUGUUUUUUUAAAAUUUGUCUUCUUUUCACCGCCAUUUUUGGUGCAGCUGCUUAUUUUACAUAAAACCGCAACGUCUUUGCCAGAAAUCCUGAAUUUAAUACUUUUUGCUAUUGCUUUUUCAUCUCUUAUUCUCUUAACAUAAAGCUCUAUGUGCUGCUGUACAGUUUUCCUCCCAUUAAACACAAUAACAUUUAAAAUCUAGACAGAGUUCGUUGGAGGGAAUGCUUCCUGGUAGGAGCCACAUGGUGUUGCUGGGUUUUCUUUUUGGUGCUGAAAAAAAGCUUGGCGCAUUGACAAUCUGACAGUGAGAUCACUUUUAACCUCGUUAUCUGACGUUGCAUACCAGCCAUCCAGUUGUCUUAUCCAGUUAUCUAAGAGCGUCUUCAGUCUUUCCACAAGUUCUGAUUGUUUUUCUCAGUUCCGAUGCCACGUCGUUCUCCGUCUAGCCCGCAGCCGCUAAAAUGUUCAGUGCAACGCUGUGCCUGAAAACUUAAGAGUGCUUUUAUGUGCAUGAAUAACCACAGCCGUCAUGUUGAUGUAGAAAUUGAACAAUAUGCAAAUAGGAAGAGCAAAGAGUUGCUUAAAAAGAAAUCUGUCUAAAUUGUAUAUGUGAAACUGCAUGUUAAUAUAAAGAGGGCCAAGAGAAAAUGACAGUCUGUUGUGCACUUCUUUAUUUAAUGUGAUGUUAUGUUUUUACACAAACAUCUGCAGAUUAAUUAAAAGAGGCUUUAGACUUUAAAAUGCUUUUCGACCUCUUUGGUAUCACUAUCGGUUGUGCAACAUUGCAGAUGGAUAUUUGGAAGCCUACGUAGCAAACCUUUCCACUGGUGCGCCUCUCUUUCGCCUGACUUCAUAUUCUUGAGCCAAACAAGCAACACGCUCGUCUUCCUGUUGCUGCACCUUCGAGAUGGAAACACCGAGCAGCAGGCAUGAUCGUGCAGCACGAUCGGAGCCUUUGAAAGGUGACCCUCCUGCUCUUCCAUAUGGCCAACAUCUGUUCCACCUCAAUGACUGCACAAACUGCUGCGAGCUUUUUACGCUGCCAGGAGUUUUCAGAAAACGCAGCACAACACCGUCUGAAGCUUGUAGGAGUUUCUGUGGAUCAUGCUGUUGCUUUUGCUUUGCUGAUUCUGCUCACUGCGCCACGACGACUGCAGCUUACACCCACCUGGGAAAAAGCAGUUCAAAGACGCUCCCCACCCACAUUGCUUCACCUUUUUUUUUUUUUUUUAUCACAUUUUCCCAUAGGGACUCUAUAAUCUCUGUGUUCACCAUGAAGGGAUGCUGUUUAGUAUUAUUAAUCAAGGAAUUGUAUAAAAUACAAACCUAUGGUCACUUUUUUUGGAUAGUUAAAAGCAAAACAUGACCUCUCUUGGGUCAAAAAGGGGGAAAAAAUAUUAAAUUAUAUUAAUUUGGAGUCAAGCUCAGAGUUAUGUGAAGCUUCCGGGUUUUAGGACCCUUACAGGAAGCUGAAGUCACCCGUUUCACAAUAAACUGAGACAAACUGGUAACAUGUCCCAUCUUUUAGAUUUUCCAAGCUGCAGGCUUUUCAGUCUCACAGUCAGUCGGUUUUCAAGAUUUCAGAUCAUUUUACAGAAAGAGACCUGAAGGGGGAAGGGAAGAAGCUUCAGGAUGAAUUGAUUCACCACAUAAAUCUAUACUUAGUUUUACAUUAAUGUUAAGAGGUUUUUUUUUAAUUUAUUGAUUAAUGCUAUUUUCAGUUUUCACUAAGAAACAGCUUUUUUUUGGUUUCUGAUAAGUUGUUGGUAUGAAUAAACAUUUAUUUUUCUUCAAGGUUCUUGUUUUAACUGGAAAAAGAAUGUGACUGUGAUAGUAUUACUGGAAGCUAAACUUCAGCGUGUUAAGAAAUUUGCAUCAGAUGAAGACUUAUUUAAGCAUUUUUAUAUGCAACUGUAGUAUUAUUAUGAGCACAUUAUUACUCAAGCUCACUCUGCUGCCCCCAACCUCACACUGAAUUAUUCAUAGAGAGCAUGUGAACCCAUAUUGCACACUGUUAUGUGCAAUAUCUUGUGUCGCAAAUGGAACCGACCUCACAUAAAUUAUGCAUUUUGCAUAAUGUAUGUUCUAUUCAUUUAGUGGUUUUCUGAGAAUUUCUUUUUUUGUUGUUUUUUGUUUAUUUUCAUUUAACAACGGAUGACUGCAACUUAAUUUCAUUGUAAUUUGUAUGACAUGAGUCAUGUUUGUUGACAGCAGUGCCUCUAUUCUAUUCUACUGGCAGUAAUCUAUUCAAUGAAUGAUCUCAGAUAUGUCAUAGUUUGCAAAAAAUAAGUAAAAAAAAUAAAAAUAAAGAAGUGUCCAAAAACAGAGAGAAUAAUUCACAUACUGUGAAUCAUGCACGUUAUUUAUUUCGUUCUACGGAGUUUUUAAAGGGUAUUAUUUUGAAAGACUAAGCCGGAAACGAUUCUGUAUAUUUUCAGUGGCUUUGUGCAGAUGGUGGGAACACCGACACCUCAGCAUUCAGGCGCUCUGUGUCCGAUUCACUCCACUCUCCGGGUCAGCUACAGGGGCGAGAAUUCAUUUAGAAACGCACGUCUUUAUAAACAGAGCAACAAAAAUAAAAUAAUAUAUAUGCAAAAUAAGAAGUUGGACUUUAUCUAAUUGGAUCAGAGACUAUCUGUAUCAUCACAAGACUUUUUUUUCUUUCUUUCCUCCUCUCUGUCUUUCAUUCUUUCUUGUACUUCUUGCUCUUGUUCAACUGGGUUGGAUGCGCUCUGGCUCUGCUGCCUCCUGUGAUGGACCGGACCGGGAGCUGAACGGAGGGCUUGGUGGGGCUGCCAGGUGCGCACAAGGAGGUCUAAACCCAAAGGCCGUGGGGUGAAAUAGGGCCGAGCCUGCCUCAUGUGGGAUUCCUCUGUCUUCUGGUCCCCACCAACCCCCAUCUUCCCAGCAUCGGUGGGAUGUCCCAGGUGUGUCUCCUCUUGGCCUUGCUUACGCUCUCCAGCUGCACUAAGGUGUCCUUUGCUAACUCUCUGGAGCUUGUGAAGGAGAAGUGGAGCAACUACAAGGACAAUUGCACAAGCCAGAUCAAUUCCACGCCCCCUGCCACAGGGUUGGUGUGUAACAGAACCUUUGAUUUGUAUGCCUGCUGGCCUGAUGGACGUCCAGGUACUACUGUAAAUGUCUCCUGCCCAACAUUCCUGCCAUGGCAUCAAAAAGUUCAGCGGGGUUUGGUCUACAGAGUCUGCAACGAAGACGGCAAAUGGGGACAAAAGAACACCAGCGAAUGUGAGGACGAUCCCGGCGAGUCGGGUUUGCAGCAGCAGUAUGGCCGCAUCCUCAGCAAGCUGCGCAUCAUGUACACAGUGGGAUACUCUCUGUCACUCGGAGCGCUGCUCCUGGCCCUGGCCAUUCUCAUCAGCUUCAGGAAGCUCCACUGCAUGAGGAACAACAUCCACAUGAACCUGUUUGCUUCGUUCAUCCUGAGAGCGGUUUCGAUUCUGAUCAAAGACGCUCUGCUGAGCCCGAUGCUGGACCCAAAGAGUGGCAGCGAUGCCCAGACACAGGCCUGGGUCAACAUACCAGCCGUGAUGUGGUGCCGAGGCGCCAUGGUGAUGAUGCAGUACAGCGUGAUCGCCAACAACUACUGGCUGCUGGUGGAAGGCAUCUAUCUGCACAGCCUCCUCGUCAUCACUGUUUUCAGCGAGAAGAAAUACUUCUACAUUUACUUGGCCAUCGGCUGGGGUGCACCUCUCAUAUUUGUGUUGCCGUGGAUCACAGUGAAAUAUCUGUAUGAGAACAUAGAGUGCUGGGAGAGGAAUAUUAACAUGGGGUAUUGGUGGAUAAUCCGUUCUCCCAUAUUGUUUGCUUAUUUGAUUAACUUCUUCAUCUUCAUCCGAAUAAUUAAAAUCCUGAUGUCUAAACUUAGAGCUCAUCAGAUGAGAUACACUGACUACAAAUUCAGGCUGGCGAAAUCCACGCUGACUCUCAUCCCGCUGCUCGGCAUUCACGCCAUCCUCUUCACCUUCGUCAUUGAUGAGUCUGUCCCGAAGGGCUCCAUGCUUCGCCUCAUUCGCCUCUUCUGUGACCUCCUGUUCAACUCCUUCCAGGGCCUGCUGGUUGCCAUACUGUAUUGCUUCGUCAAUAAGGAGGUUCAGUCCGAGAUGCUGAAAAAGUGGAAGAGGUGGAAGCUGGGGAAGGACAUCGACGAGGAAUACCGCCACACCCACAGCCAGACGCCGCACGUCAAGAGCGGCAGCAUCGCCACCGGGAACCUGACCGACCUUCAGGACAACAACGCCAGCGACCCAAGCAAUGACUCGCCGCGGUCCAACAAGGCCAACUGCCACCCGUCCUGCUCCGCUGAGGAAAACCGCAGGCUGGUGGUCUCCUACAGCAACGGGACGGGCAAAGCCAGAUCCGCCAAAAAUAGACAAGCCCUGCAGUUCACCUUCCCACCUCAGAGAGGCGCCACCAGCAGGGGCAGCAGCACGACAGAGGACAUCAGCCUGGAGGAUCGGGCGCAGCACCGCUCGUACCCACAGGAGGGAGACGAAACAAGUGUCUGAAGACGACAUUUUGUUUUUGUUUUUAGCACAAAACUCUCAGCUUUCUAAAGAUUGUGCACCGAUGGCAACCUAAAUGGAAAAAAAAUAUAUGCAAAAAACACCGCAUUUAGAUCACUCCUAAAAGGAAUCAAAAGAUAAGCUUACCAUGUUUAAUGUAAUAUUUAUUGAUUAUGAAAGACGGUAAGAAUGAUUUAACGAUGAGCGUGACUGCGCAGCAUGUUUUUUUUUACUGUAAAUGCAGACGUUUUGGACGACCACAUGUCCAACAUCAAACCUUCACCGCUGCUGUCUGUCAUCAUGAGGACUGACGGGGUUACGGGUUUGUUUGCAGCAGCGGACGCUUGCUCAUGGUACAGGAUGGCUUUAAGAGCGCAGCAAGCGCGGCUCUUAUUUUCUCAGAUGUUAUGAGAAGAGCCAGACUGAGGGAUUCACUCGAGACAAAUGAAUUGUUGCACUUAAUGCCGGUAGUAAAAGCGCAUCAUGCCGAGGGAGCCGCACUGAAGAUGGGGAUGGCUUUCAUUUUCCAAAAGACUCUGUGAUUGUGUUGAAAUGACUGUGAUUUAAAAUAAUCGACGCCAAAAAAUAAAACAGUUCUAUAAAUAUAAUAUACAUUUUUGCAUCAGUUGGGUCCUGCAUUGACAAUUUUUCAAGCUUUAUGUUUUUUUUAUACAAAUGGCAACAUUCUAUCCAUUUUUACAAACAUUUUUGCUCUAAAGGGAAAAAAAUAAGUAAAUUUAAACUACUUUGUUGUCGCUUGCAUAUAAAUUGAUCUUCAUGUAGUCCACAUAGUGCUUAUGUUAAAUUUCUGAAUUUCUGUGUGAAAGAUUCACUAUCACUGCUAAAAAUUGAAAAAAGACUUUCCUUUAUGAAAAUGUAUUUGGUGUAUCUUAUUAAAGUGAAUGUAAUUUUCAAUUGCUACAAUUGCACAGCCAUUUUCUAUGCACCCAUACUUUUUGUUUUCUAUUGGAUUGUGUUAAGCAGAAUGCAUCACCAAGUAAAGAUGUUAAAUUUGAUGAAAAUACUUUCUGGUGAAGGUUUUAUAUCCAGUUAAAUAACCUCUGACCUGUACAUUGUGAUGUAAAGAACACCAAUAGUUAAUUUCUAUGUAUUUAUAUUAUUCUGUCUGGAGUUUGAGUCAGGGAUCAUAUUUAUUUACAGAAGCAACAUGUUGUAAAAAUAUAGAACCAUUUUUAUAAUGUUGUGCUAGAAUAAUUGAACCAGCGAGGAUUUCCACAAAAAAA